GCACAAACACCCUUCAUCGGGAUAUGAGAAAUGAGUGUUGGACGCAGAAGAUUAAAGCUGUUCGGAAUUCUAAUGAUGGUAAACUUUUUUAUUUAUGUAAUUGUGGAAGUUUCAAGAAGUGGUGGCCACGAGAAGACUGCAAAAGGACAGGUUGUUAUACCUACCAGCAAGUUCUGGAGGAAAUAUACCCCUCACAAGGCCUAUUGGAACAAACAGCAACAGAAGCUUGAUCUCCUGUACAACCCCAUUUUAACCUUGCUUUCCAAUAUGACUGUAGAGGAAAGUUUGAUUUCAAAUGCUAGUGUUCUGAAUGCCUGUGAUCCUGACCCAUCAGUGACUUCAGAGGUUAAUGACUUUGCAAAUUUGCCAGACAGAUUUAAAGAUUUUCUGUAUUAUUUGAGAUGUAGAAAUUACUCAUUACUAGUGGAUCAGCCAAACAAAUGCAAACAUAAACCUUUUCUGCUGCUGGCUAUCAAGUCACUUAUACCACAUUUUGAUAGAAGGCAAGCAAUUCGGGAAUCUUGGGGGAAAGAAAUUAAAUCGAGAGGUAUAACAGUAGUGAGGGUCUUCUUACUGGGGCAGACCCCACCAGAAGAUAACUUUCCCAACCUGUCAGACAUGUUGAAGUUUGAGAGUCAAACUCAUAAAGACAUUCUUCUUUGGAACUAUAGAGACACUUUCUUCAACUUGACUCUGAAAGAGGUGCUGUUCCUUAAAUGGGUCGCUAGCAGUUGUCCAGAUGUCCAGUUUAUCUUUAAGGGGGAUGAUGAUGUUUUUGUGAAUACCCAUCAGAUCCUGGAUUACUUGAAGAGCUUAUCAAAGGACAAAGCCAAAGACUUGUUUAUAGGUGAUGUGAUCAAAGAUGCUGGACCUCAUCGAGAGAAAAAGUUGAAGUACUACAUCCCAGAAAGUGUUUAUGAAGGUUCUUAUCCUCCAUAUGCCGGAGGUGGUGGGUUUCUGUACUCUGGUGACUUGGCAUUGAGACUGAAUAAUGCAUCUGACCAGGUACUUCUCUAUCCUAUUGAUGAUGUUUAUACUGGAAUGUGCCUUCAGAAACUUGGGCUUGCUCCAGAAAAACACAAAGGCUUCAAAACAUUUGAUAUUGAAGAGAAAUACAGGAAUAACAUAUGUUCCUAUACAAGCUUAAUGUUAGUGCAUAGCAGAAAACCUCAAGAAAUGAUUAAGAUUUGGACACACUUACAGAAUCCACACUUAAAUUGUUAAUGCGUUAAGUAAUGUGUAUAAGUGUCUUAAGUCCAAAUACUUCUUUUCUAAGUUUGGGUCUGAUUUCGUCUCUGAACUAUUAAAAGUCCUUUGUCUUCAUUAGUUAGAAACUUUUUUUGUCCAUACUUCAAAAAGUGAGAAUGGUAAUGUAAUAACUUUUGAGGGUAUUAUGUGAAGACUUGGUCCUGAUCUUUCCACUGUUGCAGUGGUCAUUAUGUUUCAAACUUGCCUAAGAAUAAAUUAAAAUAAACUUCAGAAGUUUUAACACCCAAAUCAUUGAUUUGGUUAGCGGUUUGUAAUGUUGGAAGUAUGGAGUUACCCACUUAAAAUUGCUGUUGCAUCUUUCAUUAUUGGUGAUGGGAGAUGUAAACUAUUUCCAUGAAAGAUGCUGCCUGAAUGAAAUAACAACAUAACUUGCAAAUUUAGAAAUCAGAGGAAAUCGAAUGUUAUUUAAAUGCUUUAAUGUUACCCUUAUUUACUCUCCCUGUGUCCUAUCCUACAGUAUUUUCUCAUUUAAAUGUGAUCUGCUGUGCAAAAAUGUGUCUAUUGAAGUCUGGAGGAUUUUCCCUUUUUUGAGUAGUGCUUUUUCUUCAAUUUAUUUUAUUUAUUUUUUUAAGCACAAUAUAACUUCAAAAGGGAUAAAACUUAAAAGAGCUCUGAACAUGCAAGGAGAAGGAGAGGUAUCAUCUUGGCAAUAGGCACAGUUUUGUUUCUGACUUUUUCAAAGCAUAAAUGAUAUUUUAAAUGGUUUUGUCACUCCUAUGAAAGGCUACUUGGUCCAUCUUGUUUUCUGUAUUGGCUCCAAAACCCUUACCAAGUAGCUUGAUUUGAUACUGAACUGUGAAAUUGCACUUAGCUUAUAAAAAUUUGGUUUGGAUCUCUUCUACAAACUGGUAGCAAAUCUAGAAUUGUGCAGAUCUUCUUAAAUGUUUCAAAAUUUAAAACUGAAACUUAGAAGUUGCAUGAUGUCUCAUGUAGGGUUAAAUGUUCUCAAAACUCAGAAUCUUUUUUUUUUCUUGCUGUUUCCUCAUUUUGCUUAUAUGAGAGUUAUUCUAAUAGCGACUGCUUCCUUUGUAUAUGUAGAAGUGCCUGUCUAUUUAUUGUUCAGAUUGAAGACCAAAACAUUUUCUUAAAUAUAUUUUGUGUAACAUUUUAUUUGUAUAGUGUUGUCACUCAGAUAUUUAAAUAGAGCAUGAUAUUUUAAAUCUGAGCUGUGUAACAUAUGUUAAAUAAAGCUAAUUGUUAUUUUUGAAUUUGAAAAAUAAAAUGUG